ACAUAAGUGACUAACUUCGCUUGUGUUACGUGGGAAACAAAUUAAACUCUAUUUUUUACUCAAUAAAACAUAAAAGUGUUUGAUUGCGAUUUAGGCUUUCAAAGUUCUAACAUUUUACCAAAGUGGGCCGUACCCUCGGCCGUCAACUUAACACAAAUCGUCAAAUUCUACAUUCUUGUACAUAUUUCUGCUUUUCCGCCAAAGUACAGAGUCAUUCUAGAUUUGCCAAAAUGGCAGAGGGACAGGACGAACCCAAAAAAAUUACUAUCACAGUGAAAACACCGAAAGAAAAACAGCAAGUUGAGAUUGAUGAGGAUGCUGACGUUAAAAAACUUAAGGAAGUGUUGUCCCCUAAAUUCAGUGCGGAACCGGAGCAGUUAUGUCUCAUAUUUGCCGGAAAGAUCUUGAAUGAUGCCGACAGCCUGAAACAGCACAACAUCAAGGACGGGCUGACAGUCCACCUCGUGAUUAAGACGCCUCCCAGGCCCGAGCCCGAGGGCGCUACGCGACGCCCUCCAGCUGAUGUCGGUGCCACACCGUUUGGGUUGAACUCACUGGGUGGAUUAGCUGGCCUAGAGAGCCUGGGUCUUGGUCAAAGCACUUUUAUGGAUUUGCAGGCUAGAAUGCAACAAGAACUGCUGUCUAACCCGGACAUGCUGAGGCAAGUGCUAGACAACCCACUGGUGCAGCAGAUGAUGAAUGACCCUGAAAACAUGCGCACACUCAUUACAUCCAACCCACAGAUGCAGGAUUUAAUGGCUAGGAACCCAGAGAUUAGCCACAUGCUGAACAACCCUGAGCUGCUGCGGCAAACCAUGGAGCUGGCUCGCAACCCCGCCAUGUUGCAGGAACUCAUGCGCUCUCAUGACCGCGCGCUUUCCAACCUUGAGAGCAUACCUGGUGGCUACAAUGCUCUACAACGCAUGUACAGAGACAUCCAAGAGCCUAUGUUAAACGUAGCCAGCAGUAUGGCAGGCAACCCAUUCUCAGGACUGGUGGACAACUCUGUAGACGGCACAAACCCACAACAAGGUGCUGAGAACAGGCAGCCGCUGCCCAACCCGUGGCAGCGGGGCGGAGGCGGCGGCGGCGGCGCGGCCGGGGCGGGCGGCGCGGGCGCGGGGCCCGGCCUCAUCAACACGCCGGGCAUGCAGUCGCUGCUGCAGCAGAUGUCCGAGAACCCGCGCCUCGUGCAGUCCAUGCUGUCCGCGCCCUACACCAACACCAUGCUGCAGGCCCUCGCCGCUGACCCUGAUAUGGCUUCACAGCUUAUUAACCAGAACCCGAUGUUCGCGAACAACCCACAGCUACAGGAACAGAUCCGCACAAUGAUGCCGCAGAUGCUAGCGCAGCUACAGAACCCUGAAAUGCAACAAAUGAUGUCCAACCCACAGGCCCUGAACGCGCUGCUACAGAUCCAGCAAGGCUUGGAGCAGCUGCGAAGUGCUGCACCCACACUGGUGGGCAACCUGGGGCUGGGUGUGGGCGCCGCCGCCGCCGCGCCGCCCGCCGCGCCCGCGCCCGCCGCGCCGCCCGCCGCGCAGCCGCCGCGCCAGCAGCACAACUCCGAGCUCUUCACGCAGUUCAUGCAGCGAAUGAUGUCUGCGAUGGCGAAUAACCAGACGAAUUCAUCACAGCCACCUGAGCAACGCUAUUCCCAACAACUUGAACAACUAACUGCUAUGGGAUUUCUCAACCGGGAAGCUAACUUGCAAGCACUGAUCGCGACGUUCGGCGACGUGAACGCUGCAGUGGAGAGGCUACUCGCCCUCGGCCAGUUGUCCAUGAGCUAACACUCGCGCGCCUAGCAACUUAGACGUCCACUACUCCGGCUACGAUUUGCUUACACCAUACUAACUCAACUGUAAUUUUGUUACAAACAAAACAUUCACGGGAUGAAAUUGUCCAACGAAGUAAAAAUGAGGUUCGUUUUGUUCAUGUAUCACGGUUGUUUGUUGUUCGAAGCUUCGUUAUGAUCACGUGUGGUUUGCUAGAUGUCGGGACUUGGGAUAAAAAUGCCUAUGAGGCACUAGAAAAAAUAUGUUUGAAGAAUUGACUUGAGGAAGUAAGGCAGUUUUGCCUCUUGUUUGCCCUAACUAUUGAGAAAGUGAUGUUUAAUGAAAUACACUAAAAUUAUCCAACUGCUGUUUAGUGUCAAGAACGUUUGUAACAAGAUUAGAGUCUGAUACUUAUGAUGUUUACGGUUUCGGUAUAAAAUUGUGUGAGCGGCGUUUUCAAACUAAUUAUAUUAAAAUGGCAGGAUUCGAAAUACGUGUGUUUUAUGGUAAUAAAUAUUGAAAAUACAUUUAAACUCAUCUUCAUAUUUAUUGAAUGGUAAUUUCAAUAGUUAUUAAAUAGCACUUAGUGAAUGAAUAGUAAAACAUACUCAAAUUUUGAAUAACGUCAUUUUAUAGAUAUAUGCUAUCACUUGGUUUACUCUUUCUGCAAUGGUGUAAGUAAGGAUGGCUAGCGACAACGAUUUACAACACCCUUACAUUUAUGACUGUUUCUGUCGUUACGCACGUCUCAGUUUCCCUUUAAAUAAUUGUAAUUAUAAAAUUCAUUCCUUCUUGUUUUUAGGCAAUAUGCAAAAUUGUUGUUUAUACGUUAAGUAAUGAAAACACUAGAAGAACUCCGUAUAAAAUCGUCAGAUUUUUUAAUGUACUACUGUAAAGAAAUAUAAAAUGGUAUUUCUACUAUUUAAUUUAAUGUAUUCUUGUUAUACUCUAUGUUAUCGAUGUGAACUUCACUUGCGUAGAAUUACGUAAAUAAUAGGUUUAUGUAAAUAGAUUUGCUUUGAAAUAAAAAUGUGGAAGAAACGCACUUUCAUGCAAUAAACUUUAUCAUUUAUCAAUAAUAGAAAAUUAUUGAAUUUUAUACAAUUUUCAGAGUUUCUUCAUGAUUUUUAUGUUAGUCACAAUUUUAAGGGGUAUAUAAGGUUGACUGAUUUUUUUGCAUUAUGCCAGGUAACACUGAAUAUUGGUUUAAAUACGGACAAAAAUAUAUCAAUAUAACAAAAGACAAAAAAUACGAUUUGUUUUCUUUUCUUAUAUAUGUAUCUCAAUUAUAUAUUAUAAUGCCUUUAUUUUGUUCUGUUUUGUCUGUAGCCAUGUAAAGUAUAUUUUAUCUAUUAUUUUGUGGUGGUAAAUGCUUUUAUAUUACACUUUCCUUUUGUAGCCUAUUGUAGUGGUUUUAUAGGUAAUUAAAUUUAAGUUGUAAAAAGUAUGAAAGAGUACUAUGGUUGCUCAGUUUUGUAGGGAAUUUGUUAAAAUUACCCAGAAGUGAUGAAUCACUCGAGUGGAUUAUUACUUGUAUACAGAGGCGUUUAUCAUAAAAGCACAGCCUUCAGUUAUCGUUAAAAUAUAACAUUUCAAUGGCCAACAAGUCAAUGCAUUAAAAUAAUGCUAGCAUUCACUGGCUCAAUCGGUUUGGAUAAAAAAUAGGUUGGUUUCUUUUCGUUCGGAUUCUGACUAUACUUAUUUCAUUUCCAAAUUCUUGCCAAAAUACGCAUUGAUUUGAGCUUCUGAAAUUCAUGUUGAAAUCAACAAAUAGGUGUGUGCUCUGUGAUGUGUUCUAGACUGCUAGAAUUGUUUAAAAUCGUAUGAAUCUGGGUGUAACAAUAUUAUUACGUGACAGAAUGCAAUUAUUAUAAAUAAACUUGAAAA